UGCUUGUUAACUAGGCAUAGUUUUGUAACCCCACGCCCCAUCGGACAAUGGCAAAGGCUGAUUCGUCCUCUUCGGAUGGAGACACGUCCCCGGCAUCUACUCCAUCGCUGGCCACCAUGGCUGAGAAUCUUCAGCGUUCUGCCAUUCAAUCUGCUCGGACUGUGCAACAUAGCUCCACAACUCAGUUCCAUGCCUUUCAGAAUUCUUUACCAGAAGCAGCAUCGCAGUAUAGGAAAUAUGAAGAUGCUUUCUUCAAUAAAGUUAAAGAUGGAUUGAUGAUUGCAAAGGAGAAUCCAGCUUUAACUGCAGGAGUAGCUAUUUCUACUGCCCUUUUGGUUAUGCGAGCACCAAGAAGGUUUCUAUUUCGUCACACUUUUGGUCGUUUGCAGAGUGAGGAGGCACGGUAUGCUAGAACUGAGAAGAGUGUAAAGGACUUGAACCUCUCAGUGGAUUUACUGAAGAAGGAGAGUGUAAAAUUGCUUCAAAGGACAGCUCUUGCUGAGAAAGAAAUGAAAUACGGGCAUACCGAACUACAGGGCGCUGGAAGCCAAUUUCAACAACUGGCAAAAUCAGCAUACAAGGUUGAAACCCGUGCUUCUGAUUUGCUAGACAAGCUGCGGUAUAUACCAAGUCGUGAAGCUCUAGCACUUCGAGCUGAGGUUGCUUCGAUGGCUUCAAAUUUGAAGCGUCAGAGAUCUGCGCUGAACAAACGGAUAGUGAAGAUCAACGAGUUAGGGGUUCCUGUAUGAAUGAAUUAAUGGAGAAGUUGUAGAGACCUUCUCUUGAUGCACACCCAUCACCCAGGUUUUGCUGAAUAAACUCUCUUUUUUAAGUAGAUAGCUUUACUUAAAAUACUCACCCAUGUCCCAGGGCAUUUCCUGUCUUGAUUUCAAGCUCACAGUAUGUUUUAUGGAAUGUUACUCUUUUAACAAUAAAAUAAAUUACGUAAUACUUUUCAUUAGUA